CGUCAGUAGUCUUCUGUCGCCUACAUGUGCAACGUCACGGCCUGAUUACGGUGAUAGGUCAGAUCGCCGUUGAGGGGCAGAUGUAUACUUGAAGAUAUAUAUAGACUGCUCCACAACCUAUGCUCGCACAUAUGCCAGCCAGCCUUCGUGCCAGCGUUCUGGUCCUGAGGUGGCCGGCUGAACGGAAAUUGCCAAGCAAAUUUCGCCAUUACAUCGCUGAAGCAGCCAUACCACCACAAUGGUAGCCAGCCUCUUGCUUGUGUUGCUGGCGCCCGCAGUCUCGCUGGCUGCGACUAUUCACGCUCGCCAGAACUCAACCGAGCCAUGUGCUGCCGUCAGCCGCGAGUGGGCCGCUCAGAAGGCAGCCAAUGUGUCUGUGCCGGUCGUGGACGGCCAACUGGCGUACGACUGUCUGAACUCGGUCCCACUACACGCCGACGAUGCUGUUCGACUGGUUCGGUCUAUCCAACCAUACCUGGAGUGGCAGUCAACCAUAUCCUAUCUAAAGGACCCGCCUGCGGAUUAUCAAUUUCCUGCUUUUGAUAUUCCCGCCGCCUUUGAAGACCUCAUCAACAACGUCAAGGCCGGCUUGUAUGCCAAUGAGUACGAGUUCCAGGCAGACCUCUACGCCGCCUUCAACCUUGCCAAGGACGGUCACUUCAGGUUUAUUCCCGACCUGAUUGGCGCAGCCCUUCAGUUCCGACGUCAGGAUAUUGCUCUGGCCUCGGUGAGCCUCGACGGCACAGCUGUCCCCCAGAUCUAUGCGGUCUCCGAUCUUCGGGCCUACAAUAAUGGGACGUUUUCAAACCCAUCCCCAGUGACUGUGAUCAAUGGAGAGGAUGCCGUUGAAGUGCUGCAGGGUCUGUCCCUCCUGGGUGCGCUACAGGAUCGCGACGCUCUCUACAACACCAUGUUCUACUCACCCGCUUUUUACGCCUCGAACAAAGGUGACUGGCAGGGAUAUUUCGGGGGGACUGGCCGCUUUGGUAAUAUCUAUCCUAAUGCAUCCACCUCUCUAACCUUCGAGAACGGCACCACCAUCGACGUCCCGACCGUCGCGCGGGUUGUUGGCGACUUCUCAAACAUCACGGAUGGUGAAUCCUUCUACGCAAAGUACUGCUCCGGCACAGUCCCGGUCACGACCGUAGCCACGCCUACCCCGGUGCCUGCGCCCACGCCUGGUGGCAACUUGACCGGGACUCCACCCCUGGGAUAUCCGACUCCAGUCGUGAUAGCCUCCGAUGGGUCCGCAGCCGGCUACUUCCUCCCGGACAGCGAUGUUGCUGUCCUGGCAAUGCUUACCUAUGCACCGGCUAUCCCAGCCGAGUUCCAGUUGGCGGUGCAGACGCUCAUCGAAGACGCCAAGGCUGCCGGGAAGACAAAGCUGAUAGUAGACGUGUCGGCCAACGGUGGAGGUUAUAUUUUCCAGGGUCAUGACACCUUCCGCCAACUCUUCCCGCAGAUCCAACAGGACGGCUUCAACCGCUUCCGCUCGAACGAUCUCCUGCAGAUCGCGGGCAAGCAGUUCUCGGCAGCUAUCCCGCCCGGUUUUAAUCCCGAGACGAGUGACAACAACACACUGAUCAACAUCUGGGAGUCUUAUCAGAACUUCCGCUUUGACCUGAAUCUUACGAACCAAUCGUUCGUCUCUGUCGAAGACAAAUUCUCUCCAGAGACAUUCAACGGUGACGAGUUCACGCCCAUCCACCGGUGGAAUUUUGACGACCCGCUCUUGACUAUCAAUGAGACAUACGGCAUCGGCUUUGACGUGACAGGCUACCGCUCUCGUGCAUCCAACUUCACACAACCCUUCGCAGCCGAGGACAUCAUUCUCCUUUAUGACGGCUACUGCGCCUCGACCUGUACCCUGUUCUCCGAAUUCCUACGCGUACAGGCCAAUGUGCGAUCCGUCACGUUCGGUGGACGCCCUGGGCUGGACGACUCUGGCGAUAUCCCCAUCAUCCAGAACUACGGCGGGGUGAAGGGGAGCAACAAUGUCGGCUAUAGCUAUUUCAACCAGCUCGCGGGCAUCUCCCUGGCGGUCCAGGGCAACCCCGCGAACACGACGUCCGCGCCAGUCGGGCCGCUGUCCGCCGAGGAUAUCUCCGUGCUGGAGCUGAACCUGGACACGUACGCGGCCAACCGGAGCACCGGCACAAGCAUCAAUGUCCGUGAUAAUAUCCUCAGGGACCACCUUGAUGAUGGCCUGCCCGCGCAGUUCGUCUACGAGCCCACGGACUGCAGGCUCUUCUACACGCCCAAGAGCAUCAUCGACCCCGAGGAGCAGUGGCGACAGGUGGCGGAGGCGGCCUGGGGGGGCGGCGACUGUGUCGCGGGCUCGCUGGGGACCGGCGAGGACAAGCUGAAGAGGAGUGUCGUGCGCACUGGCGAGUGGAAGCGAACUGUCGAGACCAAGGUGAUCAGCCUGCCGGACAAGAAGCCCGCGAGGACUUUGUGGUGGGAGGCGCAGUUUGAUACAAGUGUCCCCUACUAAAUGAGCGACGUUCCCGUCCAGUGCAUUUUGCGCAAUGGGCAAACAGUAGCCUGGUCGGGUAGUUUUGGUCCAUGGGUCUUGGGUUGAGUGCCUAGGAGCCUGGAGAGUCCCUCAAUUAUAAUUUCGUGAAUAUACAUACAAAUCUAAGUCUUCAUUGCUUAA